AUGGCGUUCUCGGGCGCUCUGACGAUCACUGAUUUGGACGAUUUCUUGACUCCCUCUCAGGCGUGUAUCAUCCCUGUACGCAAUGGUAAGGCUCAGUCGGACAUGACAGAUGGCUCGACCGAGAUCCAUAUUGACAGCGAUAACAACUACUAUGAGGUAUCGACCUAUUCUACGGCCGUAGCUGGGCCGUCAAACCCCAAAGCAGCUCUAGAGAAGAAGGCCCUGGAAAGGGCAGAGAUUAACCUGAAUGACUGUCUAGCGUGCAGCGGUUGUAUCACCUCCACCGAGUCCCUCCUCAUCACCCUUCAGUCCCAUCUAGAAGUACUCACGUACAUCAACUCUAUCUCGUCUCCCUCCAUCGACGAAGCUACCCCACCCGAGACUCGCCGGCCAUUUCUCUCUAUAUCCCCUCAAACGCUCGCCUCGCUCUCAGCAUACCACUCCGCCCUUACCUCUCGUCCCCCACUCCCUCUCGGUCUCCUUCUCCGCCGUAUUCGGCACUUCCUUUCCGCAAAAGAGCGCGGAAGUUGGACAGUCGGCGAUACGACAUUCGCGCGGCACCUCUCACUCCGAGAAAGCGUACAGGAAUUCGAGGAGCGUCGGGCGUACGCCAAGGGGAAAUGGGUGGAUCGGACAGGUGGCCAAGGGGGAUAUACGCCCGGCCCGUUCCCUGUUUUGGCGAGCGCAUGUCCGGGAUGGGUGUGCUAUGCCGAGAAGGCGCAGGGGGAUUUGUUGCCCCUGAUGAGCUCGGUGAGGAGUAGUCAGGGCGUCGCGGGUGCGUUGGUCAAGCAGUACUGGGGUGAAAAGGCGGGACUGAAACCGAACGAGAUCUAUCACGUCACUGCCAUGCCGUGCUACGAUAAGAAGCUCGAGGCGUCCCGCUCAGACUUCUACUCUGAAGCACACACCACGCGGGAUGUCGACUGCGUCCUCACCACAGGGGAGCUCGACCUGCUUCUCCAGGACCUCGGUUUCAAUCCAUACGCCCCUACGCCACUCGAUCAUUUCUCACCUUCCUCCUCGGCAUCAGCCACAGCACCAUGGCCAGACCUUCUCACUCCCGCUGGAACAUCCUCUGGCUCAUACCUCCACACCCUCCUCGCACACAUUUCCGCCUCCCAUCCACGACCUUCCGCGCUCCAUACCCGAAAAUUACGCGAUUCGGCCGACAACGAAGAAUACAUCCUGUACGACCCAGACACCAACGAAGUCUUGUUCAAGGGAGCGAAGGUGUAUGGAUUCCGGAAUUUGCAGAAUCUGGUACGGCGAGUCGGGAAGGAGACUGGUUUAGGAAGAGGAAAGGGCGCAGGAAAGCUCGGUGCGGCUGUCGCCGCCCGGCGAAAGAAGGCUCGGGCGGGAGCCGAGAGCUCGGCGUCUACGCCAGGGACCGGAGCGACCACUCCUGCCAGCGGGACCGGAGCGGACGGCGUCGAGGUGGGCGCGGAGCUGGAGAGGCUAAAGAGAUGGGAAGAGAAGAAAAUGGACUAUGUGGAGGUGAUGGCGUGCCCGUCCGGAUGUGUCAACGGCGGAGGUCAAAUGAAGCCUGUCACCCCGGCGGCGGCGGCUGGAAUGGAGGUGGAUGAAGAGGGAUACCCCCGACCCAUGCCCGAUCCGGGCACAGAUACUGCCAAGCCCAAGCUGGGGAAAGAGGGCGGGGAGGAUGGCGAAGAGGGAUGGAGGUGGUCUACGAAGGAAUGGGUGCAGAGGGUGGAGGAGCUGUAUUGGGUCGGCGAGGGAGGGUUGUUGACGCCUCCGGGAUCGCCGGGAUUGACGGGUGGCGUGGAGAAGGCGAGAGAGGGGGAGGCGGAGGUGAAGGCAGAUGAACUGGCGGAGAGGAUAUGUCGGGAUGUGGAGGACACCUUGGGUCCGCAGGGGAGGUGGGAGUUCCUUCGGACACGCUUCAGGAAGGUUGAGGGGGACGUCCUAGGUGGGGAAGGUGGAGUGACCCUUGAGGCUGUCACGUGGUAG